AUGGCCCUCGCCGUCUUGGUAGCCGCUUUCGCUGUGGUGCUCCACGUGUGGGCAACCCACGGCGCGCCCACCACUGUCGUCGUCGUCAACGUCACGGCCAUGACCGACACCGUCGUCGCGUCGGACUGGACGGCGACCUUUUACUCCGAUCGCGAGCCUCUUCUGCUAGGCAACGAUGCCGGACCAGACACUGGCGGCAUCCGUGCGUACAGUCUCGAAUCUCCGCCGCCGCUGCCUGGCAGCACUCUUCGCGAGCACGCGUCGGCCGCCGUCGUCCGCACCAAGCUCGCCACCUCGGUGUAUGGCGUAGGCGUAGGCUUAGGCGUUGGCGGCAGCGGCAAAGACCGCGCCAUCACCAUUGCCCAGCCUGACUCGAUCAUGCUUGCGUUCGCGCUUCCCUCGCUGACGCCCGUGCGCGAUGCGCAGAGCGAACAGCUCGGCGACUGGUCCGCGCUGUCCUCGUGGAAGUGCAGGACGACGGGGAACCACCAGUAUUUGUUCCUCUUUGGCAAGCGUCAAGCCGUGCAGCUGCUGGUGCGCACAGAUCAGCAGGGCGAGAAGCUGGACAUUGACGCUAUCAGGCCAUGA